GGUCCUAGGUGUCAUGGCUGCCUCGAGAGUCUGGUAGAGUUUGCACCCGCGGUGAGGAAGAUCCGAGGCCCACAUCCCAAGACCUAACGAAGUAAAGUUGAGUCUUGGUUGUGGAGGCAAGAACUUCUCUGAUUCCUCGGCGAUGGCGGCGUCCGGGAGCGGUAUGGCUCAGAAAACCUGGGAACUGGCCAACAAUAUGCAGGAAGCCCAGAGUAUCGAUGAAAUCUACAAAUACGACAAAAAACAGCAGCAAGAAAUCCUGGCAGCGAAGCCCUGGACUAAGGAGUGAGGAGUCACCAUUACUUUAAGUACUGUAAAAUCUCAGCACUUGCUCUGUUGAAAAUGGUGAUGCAUGCCAGAUCAGGAGGCAACUUAGAAGUGAUGGGUUUGAUGCUUGGAAAGGUGGAUGGUGAAACCAUGAUCAUUAUGGACAGUUUUGCUCUGCCUGUAGAGGGCACUGAAACCCGAGUAAACGCUCAAGCUGCUGCAUAUGAGUACAUGGCCGCAUACAUAGAAAAUGCCAAACAGGUUGGCCGCCUUGAGAAUGCAAUUGGCUGGUAUCACAGCCACCCUGGCUACGGCUGCUGGCUUUCUGGGAUUGAUGUCAGCACGCAGAUGCUGAACCAGCAGUUCCAGGAACCUUUUGUAGCAGUUGUGAUUGAUCCAACAAGAACAAUAUCUGCAGGGAAAGUGAAUCUUGGGGCUUUUAGGACAUAUCCAAAGGGCUACAAACCACCUGAUGAAGGACCUUCUGAAUAUCAAACUAUCCCACUAAAUAAAAUAGAAGAUUUUGGUGUACAUUGCAAACAAUACUAUGCCUUAGAAGUCUCAUAUUUCAAAUCAUCUUUGGAUCGUAAAUUACUUGAGCUCUUAUGGAAUAAAUACUGGGUGAAUACACUGAGUUCCUCUAGCUUGCUUACUAAUGCAGACUAUACUACUGGUCAAGUGUUUGAUUUAUCUGAAAAAUUAGAACAGUCAGAAGCCCAGCUGGGCCGAGGAAGUUUCAUGUUGGGUUUAGAAACACAUGACCGAAAGUCAGAAGACAAACUUGCCAAAGCUACAAGAGACAGCUGUAAAACUACCAUAGAAGCCAUCCAUGGAUUGAUGUCUCAGGUUAUUAAGGAUAAACUAUUUAAUCAAAUUAACAUCUCUUAAACAGUCACUGACUAAUACUUUUGGCUGAAAGCUGGUAUGUAAAAAAUAUUCAAGUAAUACGUUUAAAAACCAGUUACCAAAAACCUGAUUAGAAGUAUAAGGUGCUCUGAAGUGUCCUGAAUAUUAACAUCCUGUAAUAAAACUCUAUGAAAUGAAA